AAUAUUCCAUGAUCCAGAACUCAAGUCGUCACCUUUUUGAUAUGGGAAUGUGACAAAAUCAAUCUGGGGAUGUAGUUUUGUCGAUUUUCGAUGACUUUCUGUCUGAAUUUUAAUUAAUAAAAUCUUUCCGGCGAUUCAACUCUUAUUCCACGGCAUCGGAUGGUUCCUUUUCCUGACGCAGGCAAGAGAGACAGAGAGAGGUGAUUGUUAAGGUUGACUUUGUGUUUCGAUCUCAGAUGUCGUAGACCGGUUCUUACAAAAAGAGAGGUAAUAAAGGGUUGUUGUUGUGGUUUGAAUGGACUUGAAAAUGGAUGAUGUAAUCGGUGGCAAGUUUAAGCUUGGUCGGAAGAUCGGCGGUGGCUCUUUCGGAGAGCUUUUUUUAGGCGUAAGUGUACAAACCGGAGAAGAAGUCGCUGUUAAACUGGAGCCUGCGAAAACGAAGCAUCCACAGCUUCAUUAUGAGUCGAAGAUAUACAUGCUUCUACAAGGAGGAACUGGCAUCCCUAGCCUCAAGUGGUUUGGGGUCCAGGGAGACUACAACGCAAUGGUCAUUGAUCUGCUUGGUCCAAGCUUGGAAGACUUGUUCAACUACUGUAAUAGGAAACUCACUUUGAAGUCAGUUUUGAUGCUCGCUGAUCAACUGAUUAGCAGAGUGGAGUAUAUGCAUUCAAGGGGGUUUCUUCAUAGAGACAUAAAACCAGAUAAUUUCUUGAUGGGACUUGGUCGCAAAGCAAACCAGGUGUAUGUCAUUGAUUUUGGCCUUGCAAAGAAGUAUAGGGAUCUCCAAACACAUAGACACAUCCCCUACAGAGAAAACAAGAACCUUACGGGGACAGCUCGGUAUGCUAGCGUCAACACUCACCUUGGAGUCGAGCAAAGUAGAAGGGAUGAUCUGGAGUCUCUUGGUUACGUGCUCAUGUAUUUCCUCAGAGGAAGCCUCCCGUGGCAGGGACUAAAAGCUGGCACAAAGAAGCAGAAGUACGACAGAAUCAGCGAGAAGAAAGUCUCAACUCCUAUAGAGGUCUUGUGCAAGUCCUAUCCACAAGAAUUCGUAUCAUACUUUCAGUACUGCAGGUCUUUGCGGUUCGAAGACAAACCAGACUACUCAUAUUUAAGGAGGCUGUUCCGAGAUUUGUUUAUCCGCGAAGGUUAUCAGUUUGACUAUGUAUUCGACUGGACUGCGUUGAAGCACCCUCAGAGUAGUUCAAGCUCCCGCUCCAGCUCCCACGGAAGGCAUCGUACUGGUAAACCAGGUGUUGCUGCUGGGCCAUCUGCUGAAAAACCUGAAAGGAUCUCAGUUGGGAGGGAGAUCCGCGACAGAUUCUCAGGUGCAGUUGAAGCAUUCGCGAGAAGAAACGCUACGGGAGCAAGUCCCCAUCAAAACCAAACCAGACAUCGAACUCUUGACGAUGUUCCUCCACCAAUGAAACCUGCUGUGAAUAUGGUAUCUGAGAAAGGUAGAAGCACUUCAAGAUACGGCAGUGCUUCGAGGAGAGCGGUGGCCUCUGGAAGUAGGCCAAGCUCGUCUGGUGAACAAGGGGAUAGCCGCGGCUCGAGCCGUGUGGCUUCGAGCGGUGGAGGUGGCAGACCAUCCGUGUUUCAGAGAAACCAGGUGGCAGCUGCUGUGAGCGGAUACGACUCUAAGGCGGCCUCUGUCUUUAACCGCAACCGAGUGUCCUCUUCUAGGUCGGCACGUGACGAGGCUCUCAGAAGCUUUGAGCUUCUUUCGAUCCGCAAAUGAGAAACAAUAAAAACAAAACAUGAAGGUUUUACAAUGGGAUCUUUGUCUGUAAAUUUGAUUCUUCUUUACGCAAUGUGUUGUUGUUUGUUCCUCUGUCUACACGAGACUCCCAAUUUUUCAUGUAUUAUUAAUUAUUACGAAUUUCUCUGGAUUUUUUUUUUUAUUCAAUUUUUACAAUCUUUUAUUGUAAUCACGACAAGUUCUUGAGCUUAUUUCUACAUAACCGCCUGUUAUUUU